GUUUUUUUUGUUAUUAAAGGAGUGACGGAGAUUCCAGACGAUCUUACUGGUUCCUUCCAAGAUCAGGUCGCAGAAGAUUUACAACAACGGAUUUGUUCAAAACAUAAACCACAGGUCAAUGAUCAUUUUCGAGUUGUUAUAAAAUGUCUAUUAAGCUUCCGAAAAUUCCAUUUUUUUGGUCUCUUAUAAUUACCAUGGCCUAAAAUUAUUCUGAAUCUCCUUUAACUUUCAUUGUUUCAGUUUUUACCGCGAACCUCAGUAAACACCACCAAGCGUUUGUCAGAUUUAAGAAGCUUAAUGCGUAAACAAGAUGGUGGAAUACAAGGUUACAUUGUGCCUUCCACUGAUGCCCACCAGGUACAACUGCUGUUUUCUAAUCAACUUAAUCAAAUUACAUGCAGUGUUAACCAAUAGACGCUAACAAAGCCUCAGAUAUAAUUACUGGAUAGAGUUUAUCUGUAUUGAUCCAUCAAUACACACCAGAUAUAAUAUUUACUACUAUUAAUUGAAAAUAUGAUGUAUUUAUCACUAGGUACUUAUUGAGAACGCUCAGUGUUGUUGUAAACGUCUCCUAUUGGAGAUGGGACAGGGGCUAUUUCUAAUGACGGAUAUAUAUCCAAAUCACAAGAAAGCCUAGCCAUUUGAGGUGAAUUUGGAAAGUGCCUUCUUCCUCAAUUAUUUUGAGAAACUGAGGAUUCAUACGGUGACGGAAAUCGAACCCGUGACAACCAAGCUGCGUGCCAAGCUGUAGCUGCCGUAGGCUCUUUCAAGGGUGAAAGACUAUUUAGUAAAAAACAUUUUGCCUUAGUUCAUAAACGAUUAAUGCUGCUGUACCUUUAUGAGACACUUACACUAUUUUCCACAGAGUGAAGACGUUGCACCUCAGCAUCGAAGGAGGGAAUUCAUUUCGGGAUUUAGGGGAUCUCGCGGUACUAUUUUGUUAUCACUGUUGAAACUGUUUCUUAUUAUUAAAAAAGAGAGGAAUUUUUCAGUAUUUUCAAUUUACAACAGAUAUGCAUUUUAGGAACCGCCGUUAUAACUAACAAGAAGGCUGCCUUGUGGACUGACGGAAGAUACUUUGUGCAAGCGAACAUGGAGCUUGAUUGCAACUGGAUAUUACAAAAAGAAGGUAACAUUCUUAGAUUUUCUGUGAUCAUAGAACAAAAAAUGUUGGACAAAUUUUUACGAAAGCAAAAACGUUUAGCGCUUUUAGCGAAAGCAAUGAGUAGAAAGAUGGUUUUGAUCAAGAUGGACCUAGACAUGUCAUCUCACAACAUUAUAGCAAAAAGACAGUGUAGGCUCGGUUCAGGUGACGACAACUGGGCUUAAAUCGCCACUGAUAAAAACCGACAUUCCUUUUACUACAAGAGAAAAUUCUCUCUUGCUUUACUACCUUAUGUCUUAUGCGAAGCCUUUAAUAACACGUUGUAAGCCAAAACUCGCCUACUGAAGCUUGCUUUAACCAAUUUAAUGCAUUCCAGUUAUCAGGCUCGUGAUAAUGAAACUGUAUAACUCGUUGCACGAUUUUAUAUUAACACAGAAAUGAAAGGAACUCCAAGCCUGGCCAAAUGGAUCAGUCAGGUGAGUGCGGUGCGUGUUCUUUCCGCUAAACGGACAUGUCUCUCCAUAAGGUUGACUCUUUCCAUUGAAUUUGGAGGAGGUGGGUAUUAGAAUAUAAAGUGCUUUAAAAUAUUAGAGACUAAAGAAAGUUUUUGAAAAUUUGUCUUGAACGUUAUACAAACUGACCUCAGUCAGGAGCCGAUUACUACCUCAGUACAGAAAACUGAGGAUUUAAUUGAUGAAGGAUAUUACGAAUGUUGAGUAUUUCAAAAACACGUUAAUUUUCCGGAAACUAGAAGUUAAAACAGGUGAAAAAGUCUUGAAGAUAUCUCUCGAAAACUGCAAAAGGACUAAAAUGUAUGAGCGAAAAGUAAAAAAUGACAAAGAUGCUGAGCGUUUUGUUGUUCUGCUAUUGCCUCUUUGAAUGCCGGAGGCCACCUCAGCUUUCAUUGUACCUAUAACCUGUUCCAGGCUCCGAGAUAGUCGGGUCCGCUGAAUUGAGAAAGCGCAAACAUGAAAAAUAUAUGGGAGGAAACUGGGGAGAGCUUUUUCCCGCCCCGCCAACUUUCCGCGUACCUUUUUCUUUCGCGUCUUCCCCAGUAUCUGAGAGCCUGGAACAGGUUACUGUACCUAUAAAUCGAUAAAACGCUUUGGUCGUCUAUUGUUACGAUAAGGUGUUGUUUCAUUGAACGGAAAGAGGAGUUGAGGGUUGAUUAACUGAAAGAGGGUCGGUGUAUAGCGAAUGUAAAAUUUCCACCUAAUGGUAACAUCCGUCGUGAAUAUUAUUUCAGAACCUUCCCAAAGGCUCCAAGGUUGGCGUGGAUCCUUUUCUUUUCUCUUUAUGUAAGUUUAAUUAUGAUGUAAUGAAAAUUUUUUCAAAACUUUUAAUUAAAAGUCAUCGGUUAUCACUUCCUUGUGAGGGGUCAUUAGUAACACCGAUAAACAUUAAUUUAUCUCCCUUACAGUAGACGUUUACAAUAAUUUCUGUUGACUUAAUUGCACGAUACAGAAGAAACUUAAUGAAUCCUUCUUACAAUCAUUUUGAACCUCUCACUUUUUAGUUGGGUCGUAAAUAGUUAAGUCAACAACUUUGGCGCCAAUUACAUUCAGCCUUUAUUAUGGUUCUUUCUACAGGUGAAUGGGAUCGUUUGUCCAAGGUAAAGUGAAGUGCUUUCUAUGAUGAUCUACAGGUAAAAAAAUUAGCGGAGUUCUCGCGCACCCAAAGCGCGCAAAAAGGAGCACCAUGAUGUGAGACAAUUUGGUUAUCUAUGCAUCCGAGGAGUCACGGUAGUCAUGUGUCCGUACGCGCUCCGUCCGCACCACAGGACAACCAAUGUGAAAUGACCUUUUUAAAUCUGAGUCGAGCCUAUAGACGUCCAUGUUACGGUCAUUUUGGCCUCUGGGACUUUUAUAGAGAAUACACAGCAACAAAUCCGAGUCUCUUUUUCUCACUAGAUUUUAAUGUCUAGGUGGACGUGGAUAACAGAGAAAGAGCUAGAGCGAGAGAUAAAAAACAUAGGAGACAAAUGUCGUUAGAAUUUAAUAGCGGUGGUGAGAAGAUGAGAAAUGUUCGCGGCCAGUGAGGUGAAAAUGAGCGGCAGUACGUAAAAAAGAAAGCCAACAGGAAUACAAUCAGCAAAUUCUUUUUGUGAGAACAUACGACAUUUCUUCCAUAAAACUAGAAAUUGAAAGUUUCACGGUGUAGUCGCGCAACAACAAUGACAAAGAAAUGUACAAAAAAGUGUGCUGCACGUGCAAAGUUGUUUUUUGCUAAUUACACCUAUUGUUGUUGUUGGUCAGUUUUGUUGCCGUUCUCAGUAGGCAGCUUAAGCAACUACGACGACAACCACAACGACAACUUCAAAAAACAAUGUAGGUUUAAUGAUCAAAACAACAGCUCUGCACGUGUAUUUAGUACAUUUCUUUGACGUCCACUGCACGACUACGACGUGAAACCUCUUAAUUUGACGACUUGUGGAGGACGUGGACAUACGACAACGAAUUUUCCUUUCUCUUUUUGAAACUGAAUAAAAUCCUUAAGAAUUCAACUCCAGGAAAAGUCGCCUGCAUUUGGCAUAUUGAGCGGGUCCAAAUUGACGCGACUAAGUUUGAAAGAAAGUAAAUUCAUUUUUUUUAUCGACGUUGUGUGGUCCUUGCUGAAGGUCCCUAAAUCCGUCGCCGUUUAGCACUACACGAUUUUAUUUUUGUGUGAGUAAAUUCUAAGUAUAGUAACGAGAGCUUCGCUUUUAGCCCUGGCUAAAUCCAUAUGUUGCCAUACUGAGAUGCAUGUUACGUCACCAGGAGCUGAAGAAACAUCGUAUACGUUUGAUCCCUAUCAAACAAAACCUCAUUGACCUUAUUUGGAAGAGCGACCGACCCAAGCCGGUCCCGAGAGAGUUGAUAGUCCUCGACUUAAAGUUUUCAGGUAAUAGAGCUGUUUUCAAGAUUCCUGCAUACUUGAUAAAAAGGUAAACUUUAGAGCUAAAAAGUACUAGACAGUGUCAUCCUGAUCUUUGCUAUUUACCGAAUUACUACACACUAUCUGUGUUCAAGCAGCAUAUUCUACAGCUUGACCUAAAUUCCCUGCUUACUGACGCUCAGUGCUCAAAUUGCACUCUAUGUAGUGUAAUGAACACACUACUAUUUUAACGAAGCUCAUACGCACUUGUGAAUAGUUUUUUUUUGGAAUUUAGCAAUAGUCUUACACACAUGUAAAAAUCUUAUAAAUUUAUACUCGGUCUCUAGUCAAUAAUGACACACUUGUAAAUAGUUUUAUUAAUUCGAUUUUAGUGGUUGCAAUAGUUGAUUAUUUUAAUUCAUAGUGGUUCCUCUACUGCUGAUUGAUUGAUUGAUUUCAUGUAUUUUCACAUUUUAGGUAAAUGUUGGCAAGACAAAAUCUCAGCUCUGCGUAAAUUGCUUAAAGAAAGAUCUUCAACUGCUGUUGUACUUCACAAACUGGAUGAAAUAGCAUGUGAGUUUAGUUGGACUUGAUGCAGAUGCUUUCAUGUUUAUAUUGAGGCGGGGGAGAGGGGGAGCACUUUUUUCUGUUUUAUCAACUAACCAAUCGGAGAAGUAAAUAUCUUUUGUUAUUUUCCCUCUCACUCGACAGGGUUAUUUAACCUUCGUGGGUUUGACCUAAAAUACUCGCCCGUCUUCUUUUCCUAUGCUGUAGUUACAAACGCCGUUGUCAUGUAAGUAAAGAAAACUACAUAUUUUAUUCACCCGUUAUCAAGAUCAAACUUGGACUGAUUAGAAAGUAGUAUUAGCUAAACUAAGCCUUUCAAUAAGUCAUUUCUUAAUAAUCGGUACAUUCUGUACAUUAUUCUGACAAUAACUUUCAGAAUUUACUUUUCAGGCUGUUUGUAGACAAUGCCAAAGUUACGUCACGUGUAAGGAAACAUUUGAGAGUUGAUCAGUGUCCAAAAAAGAAAGCCCUGUGUGUUUUGCUUAAACCGUACAACACUAUAACAACGGAGGUCAAACGACUUGCUAAAAAUAAAAACGCCAAAAUAUGGGUAAGUCCGCUCAGUUUACCGUAGCCUGAAAUGAUCGUCAUGGAGUUGGAAGAAGACUGACUUAACUAAAACUUUUUUCUGGUCUGAUGUGGGUAAAGAUAAGCUUUUAUAUGUUUUCUUUGUUUCGUACAGUACUUCGUAUUUCGUAUUUCGUACUUCGUAUUUCGUUUUGUAUUCUUCCACUUUUAAUCUCAGGUCAGCGUCAUCAUUUUUUUUGUGUUAAUCCACACAGCUUAGUACAUCUUUAAGUCAUGGAAUUCGAAUGAAUAUUCUUAAGGUCAGUAAUCUAUAUUAUUUGUCAGUAAGUUUUGUCACAGUUUAUAUUUCACACAUCAUUUUAAGAGGCUUAAGAACUGUUGAAUCAUGUAAUUAAACAUACCAAGAUCCGCAUGUUUAUUGUCCUUAACGUGCUAUCACCCUCCACGAGAGCACUUUGAGAGUAAGGCUUUCCGCACCCUUUUUUAAAGACGCAUGUAAAGAUACAUCCCCUAGCAACAGCUAUAUCUAAGACGAUAGCUUUCGUGUCAACUACCGUAUGCCAAAAUAAAAAAUUUAAGCCAAACGACUUGAAAGGACAUGUUAGCGAGACACAAUAUAAGAAUGCACGAAAAAUUUUCAAAAUAAUCAUGACAUAAAAAUCAUGUUUGAGAGGUCUUUUUACUGUGCAGUGGAACCUCGAUAUAACGAGGGGCUAAGGGACUGGAAACUGAAUUUAUUCGCUAUGACGAGGUUCUUUUUCAUUUAUUUUACAGUCAUGACUGGGGUAAAGAAAAUGAAUCGUUAAACCGAGGACUUCGUUAUAUUGAGCUUCCACUGUACUAAAUGGAAUCCUCAUUAUUGUAGCUUCACAAGGUCGGAUUGAUAGUAAGCUAACAUAAUUAUUUUCUUAGGAUAAACUGUUUUUAGGUGAAUCUCCAAUUGCUUUGCCAAAAGCAUUAAAGAACCCCACUGAAAUAAAUGGAAUGAAAAAUGCUAAUGUAAGUAUGGUUAAGUUUGGUAUAGAAAUCAAUUGAAGUUUAAAUGUGAUGUUAUAUGAGUGUCAUAUAAUACCAAUAGCAAUAAAAAACAUUGUUGAUAAAUUUUUACAAGACGGACAAAUUAUUAGAAUAUUGAAAAGCGAAACUCCGACCGUGACGUUAUGUCGCGUUUCAUGCUCCUAUCCUAUCGCCAUCCGGUGUAUAAAAAAGUGUUUUUAUAAACGUUUUUUUAACUCCGUAAAAGAAAACUUGGUUGUUACCAGAGGACAACUGUAUGACUUAGAAGAAGUUUCUGAAGGAUAUAAAGAGGAGAAGCGAAGCACAACAAAACCAGUGAUGUUAUGUAAAUCAAUUGCUUGAAGAUAGCAACGAGUGUAAGAGAGAAAAGCAUGUUGUCCACCCUGAAGAAAUCUUCACUUGCGACAACUUUAUCACGUCACUUCACCCCUGAUUUACUAACAGCAAGAGAGAAUGAGCAGUGAUUUUGUAGUUACCGAAUAUCACCGUAAUGUAAGUUCACUUAACGUCUCUCUUUGUGAAUAAUCCCAUUUCGAAUUUUACACUGUGUGAUGGGUUGAUUUGAGGAAGUUUUUUUUCACUGAACCCACGUGAUCAUGACCACCGUGAGUCUCCCGAAAGAGUCCACUCUCACUGACCUGACAGUAAUCACUUACGAUAUACUCAAUUACAUUCAACUGUGUGAGAAACUUUGUGGCGAGGUAAUUUUCUUCCUUUCUGGUCUUCAGGUGAAAGAUGCUGUUGCCAUGUGCGAGUUCUUUGCUUGGACUGAACAAGAGGUACAUUUUGGAAAACGCCGUUAUACCGCCAAUUAACUUGUUUGUGCAGAUUUUUCAUCAUUUAAGUCGCAUCUGCAUAAUGGACUGGUACUGAUGUUUCUCUCGUAUUUCAGACUUUAAAGAAUUCCACUCAGCUAACAGAAUUAGUGGCGGAAACAAAGUUGUUAUACUUUAAAUCGUAAGAAGGGACAUUAUCAUAGUGUGGAUUGUUUAUUCUUCAUUAAUUAAUUUUCUUAUUGUUUUGCCCGUGUGGAUCUAACCGAGCUAAUAAGCACUACAUUGAAAACUGAUCUCGGUCUACAACGGCCGCCUCAAUCGACGGAAUGAAAAGAUGCGUGAAUAUUCAGCUAAUACGCUUUCUUCCGUACUGCUCUUAUUCUGCUGUGUGAUUGGUCAUUUCCUUUGUUGAAGGCGACAGGAUAACUUCAUAAGCCCGAGCUUUGCAACAAUUGCUGGCUUUGGAUCAAACAGUGCGAUAAUUCAUUACAAGUAAGUGGCAUAUGAAUGAAGUCUGGCUUCUGAUAUUCGAAAAUACGAUAAAGAUUAAUACCCAAACCAAAAUCUGUGGAAACUUUAAUCAUAGUUUUGUUAUUUAGCCGUAUGGCUUUGGUUACUAUUUACCUUGCGCCCUAACACUUUCUUUCUUUUUCU